AUUUCGGCAUAAGCCAUAAUUGGAUGUUAACUAUUAUAUAUACCCGACAAGAGCAAUGAAAGCUUUAUUCUUCAGAGGACACUUUGAAAUUGAGAAAACCCUCAGGUCGUAUUUCCGACUCUUGGACCACCGCGAAUAUGAGGAUCGUUCAAGUUGUGUCCGUGUUAGUCUUGUUAUGGGCAACGGAGAGCGCCCUGUCGAGGCAUGCCGUUGAACAGGCAGUAGAGGAGAAGCGCGAAGAACAACUAGAGAACCUUUUAGAACGCGUCAUGGAACAACUUGGCGAGAAAGCCGAUCAAGAUGACGGUGAACAGGAAGAGAGGGCAUUACAGAUUGACGCGCCGUUAGUGCCUGAUGACCCCGUUGAUAUUUUGGCACCAGUGCUACAAAAAGGCUGCUGCAAUCGCGGGACAACUACGGUGUCACUCGGUAACGGGAGAACCGGAGUGUCUUACUUUCUCGGAGGGGUUGGACAGGUCAUUGUGCCGCCGGACAACAUCAGUCCCAAAGUACCUUGCAGCCUGAAAGCGCUUUUGAAAGUAACUUUUGACAAGCUGCCACUUUGCAUUAGCGGCUGUUUGAGUUAUCCUCUUUGUGGAAAAAGGAUGCUGAGAGUUGACCUUGAACUCAGCGCUCAAAACCGCUCGGGCUGGUUGUUCAACAUCGGAGACAGUGUCAGCAACAACGGAUACUCUGGAGACAGUGAUCAUCAAACCAACGAUGCUGAAAUUGACGCUAUCCACCCGAAUGUCUACGUCAGACCGAGCGACCUUUGCCCAGACCCACCUAGGCUCCUUGCCACCUAUACAAAUGCCGUGCAACUGGGUUCCGUCAAUCGCGUGACCCUUUUCAUAAGCAACGAGCACGUGCGCAUCACCAACGACCGAGGCCUCAACCAGAUACUGUGCCACAAAUGUCUGUUCGCCCUGAAUGGUCAGUCUGAUCCAAGCAGUGGGGGUGUCAACCAGGACAUCUACAUCGCUCUCAAUAGGGUCAUUUCAGGAGGCCGCAUUGGGGUUGGCGUCUGUUCUGCUAGACUCUCAUGGGUGUGUCCUGAGAAUUACUAACUGCUCCAACAUGACAUCGAUACUUAUUCUUCUCUUUGAUUAUAUGUACAUUUUAAAACGUUUUUAUCAAGUUGUGUUAUCACUAAAAAUUUCAAAUAAAUAACUGCAUAAGGUCAUUUAACUAAUGUUUAUAUUCUUGUUAACCACAUGUAAAUGUUUGCCAUUAAAAUAACAAAUAAAAAU